AUGCCUCAUGAUACCGCAGAUGACCCAGGGCCCGAAAAACUGCACAAGUUCACACUUCUGGCCAGACGGGCCGUUCUCUCUCUACGGGGGGAUUCUGAAGGUUUUGAUAGCUUUGUCUCAAGUCUGAAGGAAAAACUGGUUGUGUCAGAUGAGUCCAACAGCAGCCGUUCUUUAGUGCCAGUAAAGGACUUGGAUGCUCUUAAGGCCUUUCUAUUUGAUUCCGAUUUGUCAUCCAGACUUCAGCUUCCAGGGGGCGCUAUUAUCCAGGACUGGCAGCCCUUGAAACUCAUGGAGAGUAACCUUGACAUCUUGGCAAGGCGAAACCUAACAUGGAUUGUAGAUGGUUCCGGUGGUAAACCCCUGUUCAUGAGCUUCCAUACAUCUCCCGAUCCUAUUCCGUAUAACGGAGGGUCUCUACGCUUUAAUAUCGACCUGUAUGGGACGGAGACUUCUUUAGCAAAGAAGUCACUAACAACUCACCUGAACAGUGUGAAAAGUGAGAUUCAAGGCUUGGUUUUGGUUUAUAUUUAUAUGCAUCAGACUCUAUCGAAAGAUUUAAAGCGGUUCUGUGAGGGCCAUGACACAGUGAAGCAGUUCCAGAAUUUCUGGGAGCAGCUGUUUUUGGAAAAAGAGCUAUACUGACAUCUAAAGAGGAUAGAGAGGACAAAAAGAUGCCAGCGAUAAAGAAAGAUUACAUUUUUGGGUGAUUGAAGUUGUAUUAGCCAAAAAUUGAGUUGUCAACUUUGCUUAAACUAUUGUUCAACAAAUUAAAUCGGUUUAAGAUACUGUACAACAAUAUUGUAGCACUUUUGUCAUUUGUGUCUGAGUGAAACAAGGCACAGUGAAACAAACUCUGUGAACUCAUUACUUAACAGAUGUUGAUGUCAGAAACAUGAAGCAUGUAUUUGUUCCUCCAUGCCUCAUGAGUACAGGAUGAUUUAUGAAUAGAAAGUUUGAAAUGAAAAGCACUUUAAACUGAUUGUUUUAAGAAUUUAAUGUUUAAUAAAAUAAAUUAAAAGGAUG